UUACAAUGGCGACGGCAGAAGAAGAAAAUCAAAUGAGAACUAUAUCCGAGCUCUCGGAUGGAGCUCUACUCCAGUACGAGCACCUGAGAAGGGAACAGGACAGAGCCCAGGCUGAGUGUAAACAGCUGAAGCUGGAGAGAGAUGAGGCCCUGCAGAAGCUGCAGGAAUUUGAGAGAGUGUCUCAUAUGGUGCUACAGGAGGUUAGCAGCAUGCAGGAGAAUCUGGAGGUGGAAAAAACAUGCAGACAGACCGUCGAAGCUUUUGCAACAAAGCUGAACAGACAGAACCGCUCUCUAAAGAGGAAAAGUAUGCUUUACAUGGCCCACCUUGGCGCUGAUGUCAUUGCUAAUAUCAAUCUGGAUGAUGAGGAUGAAGAAGAUCAGAAGGAGGAGGAGCCUGGGACGUGUAGCUCCUCUCAUUGCCAACGUGUCAUCACAGAGCUGAAGGAUAAAUUUGAGUUAGUUUUGGAAGAGAAGAAAAAUUUAAUCAUCAACCUGGAGGCGACUAAAGAUCAGCUUCGGCAAACCAGGGAGGAACUCCUGAGAGAAAAACAUGAUAAUACUGUUCUGAUUGCGGAAACGCUUCAACAAAAGAAGCUCCUGGGAAAAUAUAACAGAGUGUCUCAUUAUGCAGUGGUGGAAUAUGAGGAGUUGCAGGCAGAUCUGGUGCUCGAAAAGGACUUGCGCGCAGAGGCAGAGAAGUUUGCACAAGAGAUGUUAGUGGAGCAGAAGAAGUUGAAGAGACAAAGUCAGGCAGUACUACAGAGUGUGUGUCCAUCUGAAGCACUACAGAAUGCUCUCAGAGAGAUCACUACACUCACACAUACACUGGAAACAGAGCGUCUGGAACACCAAAAACAGGUAAAGUAUUUGGAGACUGAACUGCAAGGUUCUGAGAUGCAGAAGCAGCUGGCAGCACUGGAGAGGAAUAUUUUGGUACUGGAGGAAGAGCGGAGAGAGUGUUUGGAAAAAUGCUCCAGAGCUGAGACCGAGGCCAAGGAUCUCCGAUUCACAGUGGAGGAGUUGCAGAAAAAACUCCAGCAGGUGUCGAACCCGGUGCCAACUCCACCCCCUCCACCUCCUCCUCCACCGCCUCCUCCACCUUCGCUCUCGGUCAACCCUCUCAGCUCCCUGUUCUCAAUGCUGCGCAAGAAAAAAGACGCCACAGACAUUCCACUAGUAGAAAAAGAUGCGCCAGCCAAAGACUCCGUGCCAGACGUUAGGCAGCAAGCAGUGACGGAGAUGAUGGAAAGGAUUAAAAAAGGCAUCCAGCUUCGACCAGUUGGUCAGACAGGCAACAGAACCAAACCAGCUCAGAGAGAGAAACCACCACCUGAAUCUGCCAUUCAGGAGCUCAGAGGGAUUCUGAGCUCUGUGAAACGCCCCUCCCCGUGCUCCUCGCCUGGAAGGCCGUCCUCCCCGGAGCCCGUGUCGGAGCUCCAAAGAGUUUUACAGAAACGGCGUGGAGCAGCAGAGACAGCACAUAACAGACUGUCAAAGCAGCGUUUCCCUAGCAGCGUCCUUGAUCUGACCCGAGCUAAGGCCACCCCUGGAGACCCUGGACAGGGCCCAAACAAACACAUCCUGCAGCAGUGAUCUCUCGACACCAACAUGCACCUGAACUGACUGUUUGGAACAGAGACUCUUGAUGAGAUUUGACAUCAGUACUGUGAACACCUACAAACCACAUUUCCUUCACCCAAUCAAAGUGUUAGUGGAAGAUUUUUUGUAUAUUCUCUCUCUUUGCAUGAUUUUGUUCUUCUUUGGUCAUUUGUUUCUUGUAAAAAAUAAUCUGUUAACUAAAAUAGUCAUUGCCAAUAAAACCUGCCACUACUAUGAAAUUACAUUUUUAAAAUAAGAUUAUUUUUAGAAUUAGGAACUUUUUAUAUUAGUACUGCACAUUCCACCAUUACAGAUGUUUGCAAAUCUGACAUUUGCAAAUGGUUUAGCUAGUCUGUGAAAAACUCCAAAUGGAUGUUUGUCUGUAAAUAACAGUAGAUGGUAACAGUUCAGCAAUUUGCCUGAAAGUGGUCAAAUAUUUUAUUGCUGUGUAACAAGAGUGCUGUACAUAAAGUCGCAUAGUCACGGUACGGCCCCUCCCCCCAAACGUCUCCCCGUGUGUGUGUGUGUGUGUGUGUGUGUGUGUGUG